AUGGGCGACGCAGAUUUGGAUAUGCCAUCUCGUGGUGAUCUUAGGCAAACCUCAUUAUCUGAAUCUACCACGGAUGAUGAUGGGCAAAAGAGGUCAGAGAUUUAUGGUCUCUCUACCAUGAAUCCAUCGACGACGGAUGCACUUCAUGGCUCAAGUCCAAUCGUUUAUCAUUACCUGACAUUCGAAACGACAAUCCCUUCACCAACGAGCAUCAUCUCAUCCACCGGUUCCUUAGAAACGGCACCAGCGCGGCCAGACUUGAAGAAGUAUACAUCACCAUUCGAUUGGCCAGAGAGCCGCAAGCGGUUCACCGUCUUCCUUUCUUGUAUAGCAACUUUGGUCACGGCCUUCACCGCAGGUGCAUACUCUCCAGCUGUCAAGCAACUGUCAGAACUUUGGCACGUUUCAGACGUUGCAAUUCUGGUUGGUUUUACAACUUUCUGUACUGGCUUUGCUAUUGCUCCCAUGGCUUUGGCUCCCUUUUCCGAAUUGAAUGGACGGAAGCCGAUUUUUGUAGCUUCUGGCGCGCUAUUUUUCAUCACUCAGAUUUGCUGUGCGGUGACUCGAUCUUAUCCCGGCAUGCUGGUUGCCAGAUUCUUUGUUGGUUGUGGAAGCUCUGUGUUUUCAACAAUGGUUGGUGGGGUCAUAAGCGACAUUCAUCACAAAGAGGGUCGCAAUACACCCAUGUCUUUGUUCUCUGGCGCAGCACUAUUCGGGACUGGUCUAGGGCCAUUGGUCAGUAGCUUCAUCGCGCAGAACACAUCUUGGAGAUGGAUCUUUUGGGUGCAGGUUAUCACAAAUGGACUCCUGCUUGUUGCCAUAAUUCUUUUCUUUCCAGAGACGAGAGGUAGUAUAUUGUUGAGUAAGAAAGCACAAUGUUUGAACAAGUGGUACGAAGCUCGAGAGCAGGCAGGCUUCUUUGGUAUUGACAUGCCGACGUCGACAUCAGAUGAGAAAUUCGUGUCACUGCGAAUCAGAUGGAAGGUUAAGUCGGACGAAGAAAGGGAAUCGCUCUUACAAAUGGUUAAAAUCUCUCUAUAUCGCCCAUUUCACCUUUUGUUCACAGAGCCCGUAGUAUUUUUCUUCAGUUUAUGGGUUGCCUUCGCUUGGGCGGUGCUCUAUUUGACCUUUGGUUCAAUUCCCCUCGUGUUUGAGGCUUCUCAUGACUUUGAUCUUCAACAAUCGGGUGCAAUAUUCGCUGCUAUGUCGAUUGGGGCUAUAAUAUCCACGUUCGUCUCUAUCUAUCAAGAUAGAUGGCUUGCUAGGUACCUCGAUUGGUCGUCCAAGAAUGUACAGAAUCCAGGCAUAAUUCGAAGGAACAUAGAUUUCUCGUCCCCAGAGGCGAGACUAUACUUUGCUUGUUUCGAAUCGGCUUUAUUGCCUAUCGGUCUUUUUUGGUUUGGUUGGACACAAUUCUCCUCCAUUCCUUGGAUAGUCCCGACUCUCGCUAUUGGUUGCGCGACUAUGGGCAUCUAUUCCAUAUAUCUUGCAACGUUCAACUAUCUCGCAGACACUUAUCAUCGAUAUGCGUCAUCGGCUCUUGCGGCUCAGAGCUUCUGUCGUAAUAUAAUGGGCGGAAUAUUUCCCCUCAUUACAACCAUCAUGUUCAAUAAUCUCACGUUCCAAGGAGCAGCAUCAUUGUUGGGUGGUAUUGGAGCUUUGUUGACUGUCGUACCUUGGGUAUUGACCAUUUACGGACCGACCAUUCGCCUGAGAAGUAAAUUCGCAAGCGAAAUUAUGUAA